AUGAAGGGGUGGUUUUUCACUUUUCUCCUCCUUGUUCAGUUUGAGUUGGAUAUGGUGUCAGCCAUAUUACCUCUGAACCCUGUCAAAGAUUUAGUUAAGCCUCUAGGAGUACCAACGAUAUUGUCUCCUCAAGAUUUCUUGUCUUUUAGUUAUUAUCAGAAAACUUGCCCUGCUGCUGAAGGAAUCAUUCACCAGAAUAUGAAAGCUUGGUUUCAAAAGGAUUACACAUUGGCAGCUAGCAUCAUUCGCUUGCACUUCCAUGAUUGUGCAGUUAGGGGAUGUGAUGCUUCAAUUUUGUUGAAUUAUCGGAACAGCGAAAGGAGGGCAUAUGCUAGCAAGACACUGAGAGGUUUCCAAGUGAUUGAUGAUAUUAAAGCAGAACUUGAGAGAAAGUGUCCAAAAACUGUCUCAUGCGCGGACAUUCUCACAGCUGCUGCUAGGGAUGCCACUCUUCUACUUGGAGGUCCGUUCUGGGAAGUCCCAUUUGGGCGUAAAGAUGGAAAAACUUCCAUUGCCAAAGAAGCUGACCUUGUUCCUCAGGGUCGCGAAAAUGUCACUGCUCUGAUUGGUUUUUUCGAGGAAAGAGGAUUGAACAUUCUCGAUCUGGUUGUUCUCUCAGGUUCACACACAAUUGGAAGGACCAGUUGCCAUUCAUUCCUGCACAGACUCGCUAACUAUAAAGGAACUGGCAGGCCUGAUCCUACCCUUGACAGACAUUACUUGAGGAACCUGACAAGAAGUUGCAAAUGGAGUUCUAACCUGGUGAAUCUAGACGUAACAACUCCAAAGACUUUCGACAUGGAGUAUUAUAACAAUCUUGGGAAAAAAAUGGGACUGCUGUCAACAGAUCAAGAACUGUACUCAGACCCAAGAACUGCGCCAUUCGUUUCAGCAUUCACAAAUCAGCAGCCUGACCUUUUCUUUAACCAGUUUGCAGUAUCAAUGGUGAAGCUUGGAAACGUUCUUGUCCCUAGUCCUCCAAAUGAAAGCGAAAUCAGACUGAACUGUAAUUAUGUUAAUCCCGCAUCUCGCAAAAAAGCCAAACCACCUCCACGUAGUAAUGUCCGUCCAGCCCGGCGCUGUCACACUCCAUCUAAGAACUAA